GCCGCCUCACGCCGCGCCGCCGCGGGGGAAUCCCAAGUCCGCUUCCUCCUUCCGCUGCAGAGAGGUUCAUGAGGGGUUCGAGGAUGAAUCCAGGUGACCGUAGAACGCGGAGCACAAUGACCAUAGUAAUUGUGAUGAGUUUGUGCUGCUUCUUUUAUAUACUAGGAGCUUGGCAGAAAAGCGGGACAGGAAGGGGUGAUAGUAUUGCAUUGAGGGUGACAAAAGAGACUGACUGUACAAUCUUGCCAAACUUGCACUUUGAGACCCAUCAUAGCUUAGGUGGUGUUAAUCCUUUGGUCAUGACCAAUAAAGUCUUUGAGCCAUGCCAUAUUCGAUACAUUGACUAUACUCCUUGUCAGGAUCAGAACCGAGCAAUGACCUUUCCUAGAGAAAAUAUGAACUACCGGGAGAGGCAUUGUCCUGCAGAGAAUGAGAAAUUGCGCUGUCUAAUCCCUGCACCGAAAGGCUAUGUCACCCCUUUCCCUUGGCCCAAGAGCCGUGACUAUGUUCCAUAUGCAAAUGCGCCAUACAAGAAUAUGACAGUUCAGAAGGCUGUUCAGAAUUGGAUCCAGUUCAAGGGAGAUGUGUUUAAAUUUCCAGGAGGGGGGACAAUGUUUCCCAAUGGAGCAAAUGCCUACAUUGAUGAACUUGCAUCCGUCAUUCCAUUUACUGAUGGCACCAUUAGGACUGCACUUGAUACUGGAUGUGGGGUUGCAAGCUGGGGUGCUUACCUAAUGGACAGAAAUGUAUUAACCAUGUCAUUUGCACCUCGAGACUCUCAUGAAGCUCAGGUUCAAUUUGCAUUGGAGCGAGGUGUUCCUGCAGUAAUUGGAGUGCUUGGAACUAUAAAACUACCAUACCCCUCUGGAUCUUUCGAUAUGGCACAUUGCUCACGCUGCUUAAUCCCCUGGAAGUCAAAUGAUGGGAUAUAUAUGUUUGAAGUAGAUCGGGUUCUGAGGCCUGGUGGCUAUUGGAUAUUGUCUGGCCCUCCCAUCAAUUGGAGGACACAUCACCAAGCAUGGAAAAGAUCCAAAGAAGACUUAGAGGCAGAACAAAAUAUAAUUGAAAAAAUUGCUGAAAUGUUGUGCUGGGAUAAGAUCCAUGAGAAGGGAGAUACUGUUAUUUGGAGGAAAAAGGCAGAUUCAAAUGGAUGUCCCAAAAAGGACAACCGUGCUAGGAAGAUGUGCAAAAUUCAAGAUGCAGAUGACGUGUGGUAUAAGAAAAUGGAAGGUUGCCUAACACCUUUCCCAGAAGAAGCACAGUUACAGAAGUUCCCAGAGAGACUAUUUGCCACCCCUCCCAGAAUUCUACAAGGUCGCACCCCAGGUGUUACAGAAGAAAUUUAUGAGGAGGAUAACAAGUUGUGGAAGAAGUAUAUCAGUACUUACAAAAGGAUAAACAAGCUGAUAGGUUCUUCUAGGUAUAGAAAUAUUAUGGACAUGAACGCAGGGCUUGGAAGUUUUGCUGCGGUUCUUGAAUCCCCCAUAUCUUGGGUAAUGAAUGUUGUGCCCGCAAUAUCCGAGAAGAACACUCUUGGUAUAGUUUAUGAGCGAGGUCUUAUUGGCAUAUACCAUGAUUGGUGCGAAGCCUUCUCUACAUACCCUAGGACAUACGACUUGAUACAUGCCAAUGGUCUCUUCAGUUUGUACCAGAAUAAGUGUAACAUAGAAGACAUUCUUCUGGAGAUGGAUAGGAUUUUACGUCCUGAGGGCGCAGUCAUAAUGCGGGACAAUGUUGAGGUGCUGAACAAGGUUAGGAGGACAGUGAUGGGGAUGCGGUGGAAGUCCAAGUUGCUUGAUCAUGAAGAUGGGCCUCAUAUACCUGAGAAGAUUUUGGUUUCAGUGAAAAAGUAUUGGGUUGGCAAUGAAGAAGAGAGCGGUUCAUAGAUAGGUGAAUAUGGUGAUUCUUGCUCACAUCAUCUUUCGCUGGGAUGUGAAUAACACCCCUUGUCAUGUUGUACCUGUUCAUAGAUUUAGUUCAUACUUCAUAGGUACAGAACCUCACCUUUCCCAAUCAAGAUAACAUACAGACGCAUUAUUUUGAUGUCCUGCAUAUUGAUUGUGCAUAUAUAGAAGCAGAGCAUCAAGGGAAAUGUUGGUGAUUUGCCAACACAUUUUGUAGGUAAAGAGUAGUUUGUGCUGAGGUGAACUCAUUGUAUUAAAGAUCCACACAAGUACAUUUUCUGAGUAAACCAAGUGUUGUCCAAUGGAUCUUUUUUUUUUUUUGUUGUUGUUCUUUGUACAACAUGGAACAUUAGCGGUGCAUGUAACAAGCAGACAAGGAUUGUAACUUACAGCUACCAGCACUUCUAACAUCCGGGAGAGUAAACUUGUGGAGUUUUUUUUUAAUCUGUAUUUUGAAUUCU